GCUCGGGGUCCUUCCGUACGCAUUGAUAUGAUUGGACGGCGCCAAGCGGCUCUCUUUUCCUCCCCGGCUGCUUGAAGCUCGGCCGCCAUCAUGAAUGACACAGUAACUAUCCGGACCAGGAAGUUCAUGACCAACCGACUGCUUCAGCGGAAACAGAUGGUCAUUGAUGUUCUUCACCCCGGGAAAGCAACAGUACCUAAGACAGAAAUUCGGGAAAAACUAGCCAAAAUGUACAAGACCACACCAGAUGUCAUAUUUGUAUUUGGAUUCAGAACCCAUUUUGGUGGUGGCAAGACAACUGGCUUUGGCAUGAUUUAUGAUUCCUUGGAUUAUGCAAAGAAAAAUGAACCCAAACAUAGACUUGCAAGACAUGGCCUGUAUGAGAAGAAAAAGACUUCAAGAAAACAGCGCAAAGAACGUAAAAACAGAAUGAAGAAAGUCAGGGGGACUGCAAAAGCCAACGUUGGUGCUGGCAAAAAGAAGGUAACGUGUUUUGAGACGCUACAUGAUGUAGUAUCUUAACACUUCACUAGAUUAGCUUUGCCCACCCUUUGUCAGCUCACAGAUCAGCACAAUACAGGGGCCACAUCGGUUCAGUGAUCCUGGUGGGCUCGUUGCAUGCCCUGUCAGGAAGUUUCCAUUUUACUGCUGAUUGGUUUGGACUGUAAAAAGGGAAGCAGGUCUACUUUCCUGAGAUUAAAUUUACUUGCAUAAAAUGGAUAACUGGUUUAAGAAGCAGUUGAAUCAAUGUGGCCCAUGUUUUCCUGGCAUGCUGGAGAGGCAGCUGAGAUCUCACUUGCUUUCCUCUCCAGUUAGCCAAGACAAGUGAUUUUAAUGAUAAGCAGCUUUUUACCAGCUUUGCUAGCUAACUGUAAAUAAUAGUUGAAUGGAAUUAAGGUGUUGGGUUGUUAAAUUAACAAAUAAUCAAGUGUUCUGUGAACUUUUUUUUUUUUUUUUUUUGCCUUUUCCCUCUACUUGGAUUUCUUGUUCAUCAGAAAUGAAGUGUCUAGCAGGUACUGAGAUUGUGAGCACGGUGUGGGGAUGCAUCACCUUCACUGAGUUUGCUUUGAUGCUUUUGCAUGUUGGCUUUCAGACAACAAAAAUUUUACAUAGUAUGAUCUCUAAUUUAAAUGCUGUGUUUUAAAAUGGUAUAUUAUGAGGAAGGGAGAGAAGGUUUUAAUUACAUUUGUUUUGGAAACUAAAAAAUGCAUGUUGAAAAGUGACCUGGUGGAGGAAGAUGGGUACUAAGUAGGCACCUUAGAACUUGUAUUUGGGAAACGCUGUGUCCCAGAGUUUCGUACCCAGGGAAGCUUUAGUUAACACAGGGCUUGGAUCCUCUCAUUUUUGUCAUCAGCAGUCUUCUUCCCUUGGGGACCCUGGGACUGGAACAUUUUUUGGCAGCUCUGGUAAUAAACUGGUCUGAGAAAACUGGCAAAGCCUCUUAUUCAGGAACCGACUCAAAGCUGCCUUUUACUGUUACAUUGCUUUUUACGGAUUCCUAAUUUUUCGUCUGAUGUCUGUCUCUUAAUGAAAAAAAUUCCAACGUAAUUGUAUAUUCAUAUCAAAGCCUUUGAUAAAUAUGUUUUUUCCACACGUUUUUGGUUGGAAUGGUCCACUAUGCCAUAUUAAACACGGUUUUGCACACUUGAGCAGCUUAAAUCGGCUUGUGAGGUGGGCCUGGAGGGGGUUGGGGUAGUAGGUUUUUGAAGCACUGGUCCCUGCCCCUGUGUGCUUCCUGUAACAGUGACUCCCCUGCCAAGCAGCAAAGCUGGUAGACCUGCCCAGGCCUCUAACCACAUUGUCUUUCCAGCCAUGGAGUUAGAGCAGUGGAUGAACUGCCAGAGGAACUAUUUGCUGCUUAGAACUGUUGCCUGUUUUGAGGCUUAUACUAUCAACAGAAGUUGCCAAGAUUGCAAAAAGAUUCAGUCGGUGGACUGAUCUAGAUCUGAAGGACAUUUAACUCAUUCUUGUCUUCAUUCAGCCUUUGAACCCCGUGUGUUAGUGCUCAGCGGUGACGUGCAGAAGGGGUCCCCAUGGGGACCUGAGCCAUCACUAUCCCUGCUUCAGGUUGCACUGGUGCAUUUUACUAGUAUAGCUCUGGAAAAGUGGUGGGGAAAUGAAUGUGUAAAUAAGCGUAUGUGUUCUUUGGUUCAAACUAGCCAGGCUUACUAAUAUUACUUAAAGUUAUUAGAAAGUGUGUGCGCACAUACAUGCACAAGCGUGGGGGAAGAGCAAGAGGAAAGGGAUAAGCAAGGACCCUGCUUGGAGCCACUGCAGGGACUGGAUCCUAGGACCCUGGGAUCAUGAACUGAGCUGAAGGUAGACGGUUAACCAACUGAGCCACCCAGGGGCCCACUGAUGUUACUUUUAAUUGUUUUUGUUUGGAUGUCGGAAUUGGUAUGUGCUCUUACCUUUUGGGUACAGAUUUUUAAAGACUUAGAGAGCACGCGCGCUGGUUGGGAUGAGGGGAGAGAGCACAAGAGAGCAGACUCCCCACUGAGCCAGUGAGCCUGAUGCAGGGCUCCUGGAUCAUGAUCUGAGCCGAAGAUAGACGCUUAACUAACAGCCAUCCAGGUGCCCCUACGAUAGAGUUGUUUUAAAUUAGAGAAUAGUUUUUUUUUUUCUCUCUUUUUUAGAUUUAUUUAUUCAUGAGAGAGGCAGAGACAUAGAGGGAAAAGCAGGCUCCAUGCAGGGAGCCUAAUAUGGGACUUGAUCCUGGGAUUCCAGGAUCACAUCCUGGGCUGAAGGCAGACGCUUAACUGCUGAGCCACCCAGGUGUCCCUAAAUUAAGGAAAUAGUCUUGUGUUUGAAGAAUAUAUGAAGCAUUUUCAUUUCAGCCCAGUUCUGCCUUUUUAACUAAUUUGCACUACUUUUGGUGGCAGUGAACAGUAGCUUUUAAAGUAUUGAGCUGAGACAGGUUUUAAAAGACUUGUUUGAUCCUUUAGAACUCUUUUCUUUGAGGUAAAAUUAGAUUCUAUUGUGGGAUGGUUCCUAGGUCUGUUGAUGGUGCUUAUGUGCCUAGCAUCAUGUUACUGAGCAGAGCAGGAAGGCUGAGGCUCAGGUAUGUGUACUUCAUGUAUGUGUAGGCAGUGGCAGCCUGGAAUGGCAUUGCUGUUGGCAUGAUCUCUUCAUUGUGAAAUCAUGCCAUUUUGUUUACACGUAAGAACCAUAGUGAUUACAUGAGGUUUUUAGAAUUGGGAAGCAUAAAAAUGAGUGUGUCUAAGGAGUGCUCUGUACACAAUUAAAAAGAAAAGUUAUUAAGGUAUCUGAUUGCAUGCAUGAAAAUGCAGAUUAUUUUGGAGUUUGAAAAGGGACUAUUAAUGAAAUGUUUGUUUUCCUUCUUCCCUCCUUUCUCCCUACCCUGCCACUG